GCGGGUCCGUUCACAUGCAAAUGGCACAGAGAGGGAGGCGGCGGCAGCAGCGACCCACCGUGUCUUCUCACUCCGUAGUUUCCCGUCUAACAGUGUGCAUUACACUUCACCUCUGUCGGACUACUAACCGACACCGCCUCCGUCCGCGUCGACGCUCUGCGGGACAGUUUCUUUUCGAGCUGAGAGGAUGAAGGGGAGGAAUCCUGGAAGUUUUUGGAGUUUGUAGCAAGAGAAGAAACAGCAGCACUGGCAGCCCUUCCAGCUCCUGCUCGACACCUCUGUCUGCAGCCGUGCUCACCAUGAGUUAGAGGGCAACGGAGACCACCGCCAGAGCUGCCUUCCCCACCAAUCUGGAGCACCGUGUCUGACCGUGACAGCAGCAUCACUCGCCCCGCUUCAUGAGCCAGCAGGAUGCGGCUGAGGUCCUCGCACUGUCCGAGCGCCUCCUCAUAGCUUCACAUAAGGGACAAGCUGACAAUGUGGUCCAGCUCAUCAACAAGGGCGCAAAAGUAGCCGUCACCAAGUAUGGCAGAAGCCCCCUGCACUUGGCUGCCUACAAAGGCCACAUCGAGGUUGUGCAUAUUCUGCUCAAAGCUGGCUGCGACCUGGACAUCCAAGACGACAUAACUAGUCUAAUGACAUCCAGUGGCCUUGAAUGGGACUCGUUGGACUGUCCACUUGUGGGUUUUCCCUCAGGAUGCAAGUCCCCCUUUCCCACACAUAGUGAUAACACAGACCUCUGGCGUUGCCAAAUUCAUUCUCUGUGGUCAAUGAGCUCCGCAACAGGCAGCAAUACAUCCUCCAGGACUGGAGGGAGUGGGAGGUGCAGACUGAAGCAGCAGGAGGAGGAGGAGGAGGAGGAGGAGGAGGGGAGAAGACAGUGGAGAAGGGCUGGGAAAGAGCCUGGAGGAUCAGGGAGAGUGAAGGAGGGGGAGCAGACAGCGUUACAGCGGGCUGCCGUGGUGGGAAACUGUGACAUCAUCAGCGCUCUCAUCCAGGAAGGGUGUGCACUGGACAGACAGGACAAGGAUGGCAACACAGCUCUCCAUGAGGUGUCCUGGCACGGCUUCAGUCAGUCUGUCAAACUACUGGUGAAGGCUGGAGCCAACGUUCAUGCUAAAAAUAAGGCAGGAAACACAGCUCUCCACCUUGCGUGUCAGAACGGCCACGCUCAGAGCUCCAAGGUUCUGCUCCUGGGAGGGUCCCGGCCUGACAGCAAAAACCACGCGGGGGAUACGUGUCUGCAUGUGGCGGCCCGCUACAACCAUGUAGCUAUGAUCCGCAUCUUGCUGGGGGCCUUUUGCUCCGUGUCAGAGAAGAACCUGGCUGGGGACACACCACUACAUGUGGCAGCUGCUCUGAAUCAUAAGAAGACAGUACGUCUGCUGCUGGAGGCAGGGGCAGACAGCCGCAUCUGCAACAACGCAGGUCAGACUGCUUUGGACCAGGCCAGAGAAUACAACAACCCAGAUGUGGCUCUUCUACUGACCAAAGCUCCCCAGGUGCAGAGUUUUGUGCGUGGCAGGAGUGUGAGGAAGAGAAGAGACAAGCUGAAGGCGGAGGGCAGAGCUCAGUCGGUGCCCAGAGAUGAGAUGCUGCCCUGUAAGGACAGUGCAUCUGCUGCAGACGACACCCAGAGCAGUGAUCGAGCUGCCUGCAGACACACUCAGGCGACUGAGUCAAACACCAGGCGUGGAAAAAACGGGAAGCAGAAAGAAAAACCGUCUUUGUCUGACCCCCUCCGUCGCAAAGAGACCAGGCAAAGGAAAGACAAACUGCGGGGAGCCGCCCUUCAUGCGUCCAUCCCUCCACACAACUAUAAAGCCUAUCAGCUCUACACGCUGUACCGCAACAAGGAUGGCAAGAUCAUGCAGGCUCCUCUGAAUGGCUGCCGCUGUGAACCUCUCAUCAAUAAACUGGAGAACCAACUGGAGGCCACCAAGGAGGAGAUGAAGACUGAGAUCCACACAGUCCAGGACCUGAUGAACAGCAAGAUGGGCCAGCUGGACCGCAAGAACAAACACCAGAUCCGAGCUCUUGAUAAGAUGACGGUGGAGCGAGUGUCGGCAGAGAGGAGCGAGUGUCUACAGAGGAUCGAGCAGCGGGCCCUGCAGGAGAGGCUGGAGGCAGAGAAGAGACAGCAGGCGUCCCUGGUCAGUGAGCUGAAGAGCUGGUGUCUGUCCAAGCUGCAGAACAUGGAGGUCCGCUUCACCGGAGACCCCAGCGGCAGCACCAAGCUGCGGCGCUCCUCCUCUGCGGCCGAGGGCCUGAAUGAAACCGACGGAGCCAGCCUCACCGUGCUGUCUUCUGCCCAGGCUGGCAGCUCCCAGUGCCUGGAGCUCCACGACAGCCCCGUCCCCCUGGACUCAGGCCGGGGGGAGGCCACUGUGGCAGAGGGCGGCUCGGCCAACCACUACUUUGUGGUUCACGUGGAGAGCUCUCCAGAUGGUGAUAAGGCUCAGACUACAGAAGUCACCUCUCCUGCAGCAGCCAAGAGCCCGCUGUCAUCAGUUCAGGUGGUUAGGCCGAAGGAGCGUUCGGUCAUCUCCAUCGACACCCAGAAGAAGAACCAGGACCAGCAGGAUGUGGAGCACGGGGCGAGGGCGGGCAGGAAUCACAGAGCCAGCAGCCUGUCUCCGGCCACAGAGCGCCGCUGCAGCAGCAGGACUGAAGCUGGCCUCAGAGACAGGGAGCGAGGGCGGGACAGAGGGAAGCACCAUAAGAAGCAUUCCCAGGGCAGGACUAAGUCCAGGGGGGCCACAGGGGUCAGGACUCUAGAGGUCUUUGGAGACCAGCCCAGUGAGCCCUCCUUUGCUCAGGAGAGGGACAACAUGCACGCUCUGGAGGUGACCCAGUACUUCUUUGAGGCGGUGUCGACGCAGAUGGAGCGCUGGUACGAGAGGAAGGUGCAGGAGGCUCGCUGGCAGGCCAAUCAGAGGGCUCAGGCUGACAGGGCCGCUCUGGUCGAGAGGAUCACUUAUCUGGAGGACGAGCUGCGCAUGUUGAGGACAAACAGACACGAUGACUGCUAACACACGUCACUAUCAAGCUAUGUGAGAUUAGAUUUGGAAUGACCAAUGUGCUCUGCUGUCCACACCAGGGUUCUGCAGGCUGAGUGGUUGUUCUCUAGUGGACGUUAGCUGUACUUUACUCCAGUGUCUUAGUGACAGUGUUUACAAUCCACUGACGUGGACAGUAAGAGGUGAUGCAACACUCAAACUGGCUUUACAUACAUAAAAACAUUGUGUGAUUGACCUUUAAGACCUGCCCCCUUUUUCACCUGUACUUUGGUAUGCUACGUGCUACGCUAGAAAAGACAACCCCAGUUUGAAUAUGGUGCCAUAUAGGCACAUCUUAAGUUAGUUACUGUUAGCUUGCAUUCUGCUAAAAUGAGCUAACUUAAAGCUGCUCGAGGCAACUUUUAGGGAACUCAGGGAAAGAUUAAAAGAUGCUUUGUGUUGGAAGCUUGAAGAUAAUUGGAUAGUAGAAAGUUGAUUGCAGAGUCUCAUUCCCAGGGUCCCAAAGCGUCAUCUUUCUUGGCUCUGAUUGGUUGUUUUCGUUCAGGCACGGUAGAUUCUUGCAAAUGCCAUGAGGAGCUCUAGGAGGAGCCAGAGGAAGCAGAUUGUUUCAGAUUAUUUGUCUGAUGUACUGCUGUCAGGAUAUAAUGAAAGUUUCCUACUGCAGCUUUAAGAUGUGACUGUCUCUUUAAACCAUCUUCAAAAUGUGGUUGUCUUUUCAACAUAGAAGAGUCUAGCAACUAGCUAGCUGGAGCACAGAGCAAAAGUGGGCAGGACAGGAAGGGUCAGUUGUAUCUGUUGUUCUUCCUGUUUGUGAAUAUUAUAGUUGACACUAGAGCUGCAACAAUUAGUCAAAUCAUCAAUGUAAGGAUUCUGCUUUUCUCCUUUUAUAUCAUUUUCACUAUUUAAGUUUUACAGACCUAACAAUUAAUGGAGAAAAUAAUCAGCAGAUAAAUAUGGAAUGAAUUUGAUUAUUGGUUGCAGCCCGAGUCAACACCUGUGGAGUUCUACUUGUGCCUCAUUCCUGAGUGAGCAAUGGAACAUUUGGAGCACAGAGAAAUUGAUUUUGCAAGCAAAGGCUAAUUUAGUUUGAGCAAACAGAUCUAUUCUGUACUCACUAAAUGUUUUGGCAGUGUGUUUGUCACUCAACACGGCACAGCGUUACCACAAAAUCAACCGAUUGGAAAACUUCUUCUCCAAUAACAAUGCUUCAAUAAGAAAACAAACAUUUCUGUCAAUAAUACAAGAUACGACUGCAAAUGUGUUUAAAUUGAGUUGUAGUUAAACGAACUCACUCUAGAGAGUUAUCCUUUCUUCAUAAUGCUUCCAGGAUGCUGGAGAAGUACUAGUGAUUUAACUGGAGAUAAAACGGGCAAUCAGAAUUUACCUUCUGCAGUUCUCCAAUUGGUUGAUUUUGUGGCACACUGUGACGCUGUCCCAGGUGCACUGAUGUGCCAGGCGGGUUAUUAUUGCACGUUAAUAUGGAUAACAUACAACAGAUCUUUAUUUGCUCAAACAAAACUUUGUUUUUCCUUGCAUAGAAUUUCUCUUCAAAAUUCAAUUAGUGCUUCCAAAAUAGAUUUUUCUGUGCUCCAAAUCUUCCAUCGUUCAGGAAUGAGGCCCAAAUGUAACACCAUGAGAGGAUUCGGGCCACAUGAGAAAAAAAUUGAGUUCGAAGUUUAAAGUAAAAAAAACAAAUGUCAGAACUCAAAUGUUUGACAUCCCCCACAGCCCCAAUCCUCUUCUGUAGACGACCUAUAAUCUCCCAGAAUGCCGAUGCCCUAUAGAGGAGCAUCCAGAUAGAAUAUUUUGCAUGAAGAAAGCUCAGCGUUGUGGUGCAGUGUCACUGUCUCAUAUGUGGUUAGUUUUUUCCAUCACUCUGUAUGAUGGAAUGUUGUAUAUAAAAAAUGAUCAUUUAA